UACAAAGAUCACCACACACAUGCGUACGCAUAGACAGCGUAUUUAAAGGCGCCGCUCGGGGCCGGGGCAGUACACUUGCCUUUCCCAUCAUGAGGACACUUCUCGUUCUCGUUGCGCUCGCGGCACUCGCGGCCGUCACCGCCAAUGAGUCGCUGCAGCUGGACAACGGACUGGUGAGGGGCACGUGGGGAGACCCCGAGAUGUGCGCCGCCGGAUCCCACGCUUUCGCCUUUGAGAUCAAGUACGCUGACCUUGGGCACAUUGACGACACGGCAGUCAACGGCGUGAGGCUCUACUGCGAGAUGCCGGGCGGCUCCCUCACGGGCUACGUGACCAGCUCCGAGGGGAAGUGGGGCGAGUGGCGAGGAAUGCGCACCUGCGCGUUGGGGCAUCACCUGGUGGGCAUUCAGGGCAACGUGGUGGACCCGCAGGGCAACUUCGGGGACGACCUAGGCGUGGACAACCUACGCAUGGAGUGUGACGACGGCGCCAUCCUGGACGGGCUCUACGGCGUGCCCAGUGCCCUGAGUCCGGUCGUCUUGCGAGAGGUCAGGCAGGUCGGCGGCAGGGAGGUGGAGGCCGUCCAUCUCAAGGUGAACCGAGGCGAGACCCGCGACCACGGCGACUGGGGCUCGUGGGCGCGCUGCUCCACCGGCGGCACCCUGUGCGGCCUCCAGACCCGCGUCGAGCACGAUGACAUCCUCAAUGACGACGCCGGACUCUGUGACGUCAUAUUGUUCUGCUGCACGAUCUAGGAAGCGAAGGAACGGACGAAGAGGAGAGAGAAUGAUGGGCGGGAAGGAAAGGCUGCGAGGAAUGUAGGGUGAAGGCGAGGGCGAGGGAGCCGUCGAAACAGGGAACAAUAAGGGAAUAGAGAGAAGGAAAGGAAUCUGUGAUAGCGAAGGGAGGGCAAGAGACAGCGGGAAGGAAGAGGAGAGCAAACGGGUAGAAAGGCAAAUGAAAAGAGGCGCUGGAAUUCGCAAGAUAAAUAAAAAUGAAAGAAAGGAAAAGAAGAAGCUGCAUUUGAACAUUUUUAACGGGAAAUAAAAUAUGUUAAUCGAUUAA